AGAUCAGGAUUGUUAGCGGGCAGGGUUGCCAGUGUUACUUGUGUUUGAUUGCAAACAUAUGCUACUGCUCGUUGUCUAUUCAUUUUAGGUUACUGUUAUUUAAGUGAUGUGAUUAAACCGUUGGCCAAGAAAGAAAUGCCGAAAAAAGGGAAAGGCAAGAAAAAAGGCAAGGAUCCUGCACAGCAACAGGCUGGAACGCUUGAAGAGGCUGCAUCUAAAGAGCAGGAGGAUAUUUCCACAAAACAAGGCAAGAAAAAAGGCAAGGAUCCUGCACAGCAACAGGCUGGAACGCUUGAAGAGGCUGCAUCUAAAGAGCAGGAGGAUAUUUCCACAAAACAAGGCAAGAAAAAAGGCAAGGAUCCUGCACAGCAACAGGCUGGAACGCUUGAAGAGGCUGCAUCUAAAGAGCAGGAGGAUAUUUCCACAAAACAAGGUGGAGGAAGUUACAAAACGUCUGAACGGGAAGUUGUCCAGCAGGCAGCUGGAGUACUGUAUGAAGCAGCUCCUUCUAGGCAGCUUGAGAUCCCUCUUCCAAAAGAGAGCAGAGGUAGAGGAAGAGGCCGAGGUAAGGUUCCUGCACAGCAGAUAAUCCAGCAAAAAACUAGAGUGCCGUAUGAAACUGCUGCUUCCAGUCACCCGGAAUUCACUGCCCAAGAAGAGAAAAGAGGUCCAGAUAGAGGUCAAAAGAAGCCUGCUGCUUCACAUGAGGUACAUCCAGCUUUUUCCAGUGAACCUAAAAGGAAUGAUGAUGAUGAAACAUCUGGGGAAGUACCAGAUAAAAAACUCAAAAUCAAAAAAGAAGUUGCAUGCUCUCAAGAGCUUUUAGAGCAAGUUUCAGGUUUGUCAUUACAGCCUUCAGAAAGGGAAAAACCACAGAAAAAGUAUUCAAUGGCUAAAAGGCCAGGGUAUGGAACUAAAGGUAAAAAUAUUAAUCUAAUUGCAAAUUACUUUAUGUUAAAAUUCAGAGAUAUGAAUAUUUAUCAUUAUGAUGUGGAUAUAGUUCCAGUUAAAACAAAUACUAAGGGUGCAACAAGCAUAUUUGCUAAAGGAAGAACAUUGAAAGAAGAUAAAAAUAAAAGUGUGCCUGUUGUAGAACACCAGCAGAAAAGGAAUAUGGGUAAAGCAAAAUGUAGGCAAAUUAUUGCAUCUUUGGUUAGAAGCAGAGCUUUACGAAAUUUCUGCCCAGUUUAUGAUGGCCAAAAAAAUAUCUUCACAACUCGAGAAUUACCUUUUCAUGAGAAAACUUCUGUGAAUGUAGAUGUUGAAUUAGAAGGUCAACUAAAGACUUUUUGUGUAACUAUACAACCAGUUAAAAAAGAAAAUGGUAGUAAUAUUAUUAGCUUGGAACCAUUAAAGGAAUUAUAUUCUGGUCGUUCCAAGGAAAUACCUCAAGAAGCAUUACUAGUUUUUGAUACCAUUAUGAACCAUCGGGAACCUCCGCUGACUCAUGCUAAUCUUCGAAAUUCAUUUUUUGAUCUAACUCAGAAUAACUCUCAGAAUUUGGGAUAUGGUUUAGAAAUAUGGUUUGGAUACAGUCAAAGUGUUCGUUUAGCUCAGAAAUCUCCUGUAGUGGUUGUUAAUUUAGCUGCUAAAGCAUUUCACAAGGCUGGACCAGUGAUAAAUUAUGUCUGUGAUAUUUUAAAUACUGACAUUAGAAAACUUCCUAGAUUAAAUCCCUAUCAAGUAGGUGAAUUGACAAAAGCUCUAAAAGGUGUUCGUGUUCGAGUGACACAUCAAAGGCACCCUCGAACAUACAAAGUAAAAGGAGUAAGUGAAUUGCCUGCCAGAGAGCAAAUGCUAGAUGUUGAAAACAGAAGAAUUUCGGUGGCACAGUAUUUUGCUGAAAAAUAUAGACAUCUCACUUACCCUUCUUUACCAUGUCUUCAUAUGCAAAGUAAUACAAAUAAAACUUACAUACCCAUGGAAAAUUGUGAAAUAGUUGAGGGACAAGCCAAAGUAGGAAAACUUAGCGGUGAGUUGACAGCUCAAAUGAUAAGAAAUACUGCUGUGCCACCUGCAGAAAGGUUUCAGCGAAUAAUGGACUAUUCCCAAACAAUACAAGAUACAAGUGGAGGACCAAUGAAUGCUUUUGGCCUUAUUAUGGAUAUUCAUUUAAUGAAGCUAAAUGGUAGAGUAAUAGCUGCUCCAGCUCUUUCAUAUGCUGGUGAGUCCCCAUCACGAAUUGCAAGACCAGACCAAAGAGGUGUUUGGAAAAUAGAAAGUGGAAAGGAAUUUUAUAAAGCAGUAAAACCAAAGAAAUGGAUUUUAAUGAGUUUUGCCAAUGAGAGAUUUUGUGGACGUGAUAAAUUGCACCGCUAUUGUGAUUUUUUGGUUAGUUCAAGUAGGAAGUGUGGAAUGAGAUUAGAGCCUCCUUUUGAGAUAAAAAUUUUUGAUCAGAGAAGUAGUACAGAAGAAGCUAUAGCAUAUGCUAAAAGUAUUGGUGCUGAAUUUGCUGUUAUAGUUUUAUCUCGUAGGGACAACAAACAUUCAUACGAAGAAGUCAAAUUUCUUGCAGAUUUUAAAUAUGGAUUAGUUACUCAAUGCAUGGAAGAUAAAAGCUUAGGGAGAAUCAAUGAUCAGAUUACAACUAAUGUUUGUCUAAAAAUUAAUGUUAAAUUAGGUGGUAUAAAUCAUGUUUUUCUCCAAAAACCUCAGAUAUUUUCUAGACCAAUUAUUGUUUUUGGUGCAGAUGCUAUUCAUUGGGCUAGAGGUUUUGGAUAUCCAUCUAUAGCAUCAGUCGUUGGAAGUCUUGAUCCAACAGCAUCUAGGUAUGCAUUAACAUGUCGUUUACAAAAAAAUGAAAAAGAAGGGAAAUUAUCACAGGAGAUAAUUAGGAAGCGGCUUAUGCAAAACAUUGUUAAAGGAAUUCUAGAAGCAUUCAGUAGAAGAUACAGUGGUAAAAUACAUCCUGAAAAAAUACUUUUCUUUCGUGAUGGUGUAAGUGAAGGCCAGUUUACAUCAGCACUUCAGGAAGAAGUAAGUGCUAUUCAGGAAGCCUGUGUAGAUUUAUAUAAGGAAGUCUUGCCUGUUACGUAUGUUGUUGUGCAAAAAAGGCAUCAGACUAGGCUCCGACCUCAGGAUCCUAGGGAUGGAGCUGGUAAAAAUGGUAAUGUUCCCCCUGGAACUACAGUUGAUACAAGUAUUACUCAUCCUGUAUUUUUUGAUUUUUUUCUUUGUUCUCAUGAGGGCAUUCAAGGAACUAGUAAGCCAGCCCAUUACACUGUACUUCAUGAUGAUAACAAGUUUACAGCUGAUGAUCUGCAGCAGUUAUGCCAUUUCUUAUGCCAUUCAUACAUUCGUUGCACUCGGAGUGUUUCCAUUCCAGCACCUGUAUUGUAUGCAGAUUUAGCAGCUGCCAGAGCAAAAAAAUAUGCUGAUUUAUUCAUUGAUCCAGAUUCAGCAAGUAGUUCUGGUUCUGACAGUACACAGAAGUCAUUGCCUGCAAACGUUCGUGAAGCUAUUGAGAGUAUGCAGAGUUUUGAAAAUAAUAUGUUCUAUGUAUGAAAAGGUUUAUUGAAUCAGCUUUGUGUAAACAACAGUCAAUAAAUCUGAUUUAAUUUGUAUUACAUAUUUUUGAAAAUAUGUUCUGUGUAUGUACAAGGUUAAUGAAAGCAUUUUAUUUUAUGACAAGGAUAUCACUGCUGUAUUGAUUUAAAAUUUAUUAAAGUUACCUUUUAAAUAGA